AUGCCCGGGGCCAGGGACCGAGGCGCGGCCCCGGCGACAUGGCUGGGCACUGGGCUUUUGGGUCUCUUCCUGCUCCCCAUGUCCCUGUCGCUGGAGGUGUCCGUGGGAAAAGCCACCACCAUCUACGCCGUCAACGGCACGGAGAUCUUGCUGCCCUGCACGUUCUCCAGCUGCUUUGGCUUCCAGGACCUCUACUUCUGGUGGUCGUACAACAGCAGUGACACAUUCAGGAUUAUCAUAGAUGGGACAGUGAAGAAUGAGAAGUCUGACCCCAAGGUGAAGUCAAAAGACGAUGACCGCAUCACUCUGGAGGGCUCCACUAAGGAGAAGAUGAACAACAUUUCCAUUCUGCUGAGGAACCUAGAAUUCAGCGACACGGGCAAAUACACCUGUCAUGUGAGGAACCCCAAGGAGAAAAAUAUUCAUCACCAGGCCACCAUCACCCUCCAAGUCGUUGAUAAACUGGAAGAAGUGGACAACACAGUGACCCUCAUCAUCUUGAGCGUCGUGGGCGGGGUCAUCGGACUCCUCAUCUGCAUUUUGUUGCUCAAGAAAUUCAUCGCCUUCGUCAUCAAGAAGACUCAGGAGAAAAAGAAAGAGUGCCUCAUGAGUUCCUCAGGGAAUGAUAACACAGAGAAUGGGUUACCUGGCUCUAAGGCAGAAGAGAAAGCACCAACCAAAGUGUGA